UUUUUCCACCUCUUUCUCUUUCUCGCUGUCUCUCCAUCGACCGCGAGAAAGAGGGGGGUUUGAGUCCUCGCUGGUUUCCUCGACGUGUCUUCCGCUUUCUCGGUGGCAGCGGAGGAAGAGGAAGAGGAAGAGGAAGAGGAGCUCUUCCCGAUCCCGAGCGGACUCUCAUCAUCCGAUCUGCAGCCCCUCCCUCUCGGGCGCGCGCUCUCUUCCUCGAUCUCUCGAUCGACAAUCCUUCAAUUUCCUGAUCGAGAUCUACGCUCCUUCUUUGGCAGAUUCACAAAUCUCUGUUCAGGAGGCGGGCGCCACUGAGCAGAAAUACAGAAGGCUGCUAGUGCCGGAAGCAUGAAGAAAGCAUUUGAUCAAACUGUCCGCGACAUUAAGAGAGAGGUGAAUAAGAAGGUCCUGAAGGUUCCUGGAAUAGAGCAGAAGAUUCUUGAUGCUACAAGCAAUGAACCAUGGGGCCCGCAUGGAUCACUUCUCGCGGAUAUUGCCCAAGCAACACGAAAUUAUCAUGAAUACCAGAUUAUUAUGAAUGUGAUAUGGAAGAGGAUCAACGAUACCGGAAAAAAUUGGCGUCAUGUUUAUAAGGCAUUGACUGUCUUGGAUUACCUAGUUGCUCAUGGUUCUGAGCGUGUGAUUGAUGAUAUCAGGGAGCAUUCUUACCAAAUAUCGACCUUAUCGGACUUCCAGUAUAUUGACUCUAGCGGGCGGGACCAGGGGAGUAAUGUUCGAAGGAAAUCUCAAAGCCUUGUUUCUCUAGUUAAUGAUAAAGAAAGAAUACAGGAAGUUAGACAAAAAGCAGUCGCAACUAGGGACAAGUACCGCAGUACAUUUUCAACGGGUGGAACAAAUAGGCCUAGCUCCUAUUCUGGUGCAGGUGGCUAUGGUGACCGUUAUGACGAUGAUCGCUACGAAAAUCGUUAUGGUGGUAGGGAUGAUGAACGGAAUGGUAAUGGAAGGGAAAGAGAAUGGGGUUACAGGGAUGAUGAUAGAUAUGGAGGGGGUGGAGAUUCGUAUUAUCGUGAUGGAGACCGUUAUGCUAGGGAUACAGAUGAACGUUAUGGAAGAGAGAGUAACUACAGGGCAGAUGAAUACCGAGGAGCCCGUGGCAAUGAUGACUAUUCAUAUGGGUCAAGAAACAGGAGCUUUGAUCGUGACAGAGACCGUUCUCAUGAUGAUGAUGACCGCUAUUCUUCUCGAAGUGAUGGUGGCAAACAUGAUGACCCUCCUCAGGAUGAAAGUCGACUGGAACAAAAGCUUUCAAAGCAGAGUGUCGAUGCACCACCCAGCUACGAAGAAGCCAUUGGGGUGACUCAAAAUCAAAUGAAUGAAGAAAGAAAUGGAGGGACUUCGUCAGCUUCUGCCCCAAAGGUUACUUCACCCACUGCACCUAGAUCAAGUUCUUCCUCAGGUCCUCCAGCUCAAGCCACAGAAAAUGUUACCCCUGUUGAAAAACCACUCGCGGAAAAUAAUGGGGGUGACGGUUUUGAUGAGUUUGAUCCUCGAGGUCCUGUGUCAGCCACCACCCAACCUGCAGCGAGUAGCUUGGAAAUGGAUUUAUUUGGUUCACUAUCUGCCACAGAUACUGUUAAUUCAUUAGCUCUGGUGCCUAUCACUACUAUUGAUACUUCUCCCGAGCCUGAAAUUCCUGCAAAUUCGGGUUUUGGGACCAGCAAUUUUGUGGCUCAGCCAUCAGCAUCUACUGCAAUGAAUGAGCCCAGCAAUAAUAACCCUUUUGGAGAUGCUCCUUUCCUGGCUAUUCCUCAAGAAAAUUUGCUAGCUCAGCAGCCAACUCCGGCACCUGUCAGCCCUUUCCAGCCGAAUGGUUUAACUGGAGGUGGUGAGCCUCUACCAUCUAUGCCUCCCAAGAUGGAAACACACACGAACUUUGAUUUUGGUGAUGCGCUCGGCGGUCUUACUUAUGCUCCCAGUGUUCCAUUCGGUCAACAAGACUCCUCUCCGUGUCCUCCAUUUUUGGUGGAGCCACAAGCAUCUAUGCUUAUGCAUGGAACUGAUGUUCCAUCUACUGCUUUUCAGCAGCCAGGGCCAACAACUUUUAACCCUUUAAUAGCUCAACCUGCAAUGCCUACAAGUAUUCAGCCAGGUCAAACAAGCUUUGUUCCGCAGCCCUUCACAGGAACACUUCCCUCACAGGGAGCUCAACCUGCAGCACCUCCAAAUAUGCACAUAAAUCAGUCGAGUUCUCUUAUGCAGUCAAAUCCGUCGGCUCCCUUCGGCUCACAACCUACGCCACCUGCUUUACAUGCAACUCAGCCAGUUAAUCCGACUAAUACACUCCCAUCUAAUAUGAACCUCCUCCCACAGUCAGCCGCCUCGGCUCCUGUUUCUGAGGAAAUAGGUCCUAAUCUUUCAUCUCUGCAACCUGCUAAGACUGAGCCUACCAAGAAGUUUGAACCCAAAUCGGCAGUUUGGGCUGACACAUUGAGCCGGGGCCUGGUCAAUCUGAACAUUUCUGGACCUAAAAUCAAUCCACAUGCUGACAUUGGAGUUGACUUUGAUUCCAUCAACCGAAAGGAAAAGAGAGAGGAGAAGAAAAGCUCCACUGCUCCUGUGACAUCUACGGUCACAAUGGGGAAAGCUAUGGGAGCUGGUUCGGGCAUAGGUCGUGCUGUUGCUGGCAGCAUGGCACCCCCUCCAAACGCCAUGGUAGGUUCUGGCAUGGGGAUGGGCAUGGGAAUGGGUGGUUAUGGUGGGACUGUGAAUCAGCCGAUGGCCAUGGGAAUGGGAAUGAACAUGGGAAUGGGGAUGGGUAUGGGGAUGAAUAUGGGCAUGGGUCAAGGAAUGCCUAUGAGGCCACCAACUGGGAUGCCACCUAGCCGGCCUGCAAUGCCUGGUGCAGGCUACAAUCCAAUGAUGAGCUCGGGUUAUGGUGCACAGCAGCCGUUUGGCAGUGGGUAUCGGUGAAUCAGGUGAUAGUCUUGUUAUCAAGAUAUUGUGGAAUAUGGGAUUGUUGAUAGAAAAUUGAACUGGUGUUAGGAUUUGUUCAGCUGUCUUACUGUAUCCAGUAGCUUGUUAUCUCAAUCAUGAUCGUGAUAUCCAAGUUGGAUCUGGAUGUGUUUAUUGAUACGUGUAAUUGAUACAAGCAGUCCUGCUGGUACUACACAAGUACAACUUUCCAGUUGUAUCAGAUUGAGGUCUGGAUGCUGCGGACCUCCGAUAUGUUGUUGUAAUGGAUGAUAAUCAGCCUUUGGCUGUUUUUGUGAACUAUUGGCUUAUUAUUUGUUGCAGCAUGCUCGCUGGAUAGACAAUAAAGAAUUGAUAUUCUUUACUGCAAACGGUAA